UAUACUAAAAAUGUGUGACAAUCCAACCAAAUAAGCAAAGAGAUCUAUCUGAAAGCUCAAAACGGAGAAGGCGAGGGAAGAAGAAGAAGAAGAGAUAAGCAUAGUGAAACCCUAGUGGAGGAUUGAAAAGAGAGAGCUUUUAAGUCUAGCCAGGGGCAUCAUACAACUACGAUACAAUUCGUGCGUCUUAAAAGAAGGUGGUUCUGCUGCUGAUCCUGGCCGAAGAUUAGUCUCCGCUUCUGGUUGCUCCGGUGGAGACGUAGGAGAGAUGAGGGGUCUUUUCAAAUCCAAACCACGGACUCCUGCUGAUAUUGUUCGUCAGACUCGCGAUCUCCUCCUUUACGCUGAUCGAUCCAACUCCUUCCCUGACCUCCGAGAAUCCAAACGCGAGGAAAAGCUGGUGGAACUAAGCAAGAGCAUACGAGAUUUGAAGUUAAUUCUCUAUGGAAACAGUGAGGCUGAGCCUGUAGCUGAAGCUUGUGCUCAGUUGACUCAGGAGUUCUUUAAGGAGGAUACUCUUCGCCGCUUGCUUACAUCUCUUCCUAAUUUGAACUUGGAGGCCAGGAAAGAUGCUACUCAAGUUGUUGCAAAUCUUCAGAGGCAACAAGUCAAUUCACGUCUUAUCGCGUCGGAUUAUCUCGAAUCCAACAUUGAUCUUAUGGACUUUCUAAUCGAUGGGUUCGAAAACACAGAUAUGGCGCUACACUAUGGUACCAUGUUUAGAGAGUGCAUCCGCCAUCAGAUUGUUGCAAAAUAUGUUUUGGAUUCACAGCACGUGAAGAAGUUCUUUUACUACAUACAGCUUCCCAAUUUCGACAUCGCUGCUGAUGCUGCUGCAACUUUCAAGGAACUUAUGACAAGGCACAAGUCUACAGUUGCUGAGUUUCUCAUUAAGAAUGAAGACUGGUUUUUUGCAGACUACAACUCAAAGCUUCUUGAAUCAAGUAAUUAUAUAACUAGACGGCAGGCUAUUAAGUUGUUGGGUGAUAUACUACUGGACCGGUCAAAUUCAGCUGUGAUGACGAAAUAUGUGAGCUCAAUGGAUAACUUAAGGAUUCUGAUGAAUCUUCUCAGAGAAUCAAGCAAGACCAUUCAAAUAGAAGCUUUCCAUGUUUUCAAGCUAUUUGUAGCUAACCAAAACAAGCCUUCAGACAUCGCCAACAUUUUGGUGGCGAACAGAAACAAACUUCUGAGAUUGUUGACCGAUAUCAAGCCGGACAAAGAGGACGAGAGGUUUGAAGCAGACAAGGCUCAGGUUGUGGGAGAGAUCGCAAAUCUGAAGCUGCGAGAGCUUCCUUGAGCUCGCACAUAUGCACAGAGAAGCUCGUGCUUUCUGUUUAAUCUUUGAAAGAUAUUUUUGGAACAUCAAAGAUUUGUUGUUACGUAUUUAUUAGGUACUCAUAUCUCUUUCUCUCUCUCUCAGUGACUAAGCUGUUGACUGGUAUGGAUCUUUUAGAUUAUAUGAAUUCACAUGUACACUCA